UUUUCGUAAACCCAGUCCUGCGCCGAUCGGGCAAAGAUACCGCGUAGAUAAACCAUCUUGAACGUUCCUCGGAGUGAAGUGCGAACAAUAUAGGGCGCAAGCGUGCGCAAAAACUGUCCUUUUCGAUGUUGUGACGUUGAUAGACCGAGCGAAUAUGUCACCUCAGUUCCUGUGAUGCCGGUGGAUAAUGAGCGUUAUAGGGGUUGACGUUUCGCGUCCCUCAAGGCCGGAGUUCUGCCGUUUCCUGGGACGGUGGGGUCAGUCUCGUCUUCCUCCGGUCGCUCGUCUUCAGUAUGCAACAGCGGUUCCGGGGAAGGCCCCGCGUGAGGUCUGGACGCUCCGUUAACAUCAGCGACUGGGAGAAGCAGAGCGAGAUCGUGGAGAAUUGGAAUAAUGAGUUGUGCAGUCGGGACGCCCUACCGGAAGUCGAGAUCAUCAGUCUCCUGGAGGAACAAAUUCCGAAGUAUAAAUUGAGAGCGGAUACGAUAACAAAGUUUGGCGGAUACGAGAAUCAGGAUUGGUUCAUACCUUCGCCGGCUCUGCAGGUGGACGAGGCAGACCUAAAACUCUCACCGGAUCAGAUCCGGGAAACCCUGAACUAUUUCCUUCUAUGUAGCGAUCGGGUGAGCCAAAUGACCAAGACUUAUGAUGAUAUAGAAGCGGUGACUAGGCUUCUGGAAGAGAAAGAAAAAGACUUAGAACUGACGGCUCGUAUCGGCAAGGAACUGCUCCAGAGCAAUAACAAAUUGGAGAACACCAUCGCCUAUUUGGAGAACGACCACAGGGCCGCUUUGGAGAAGAUCACCCAGCUCACCCAUGAGUGUCAGAAGAAGACCGAGCUUAUCCAGAUACUCACCAAUGACAUGGACGACGCAUGCCUCGAGAUGGCGUCCAACGGUGGUAAGGUGAACCUGGAGUUGCUCAACAAGAAGAUAUCCAAUUUGACGGACGAGAAUAAACAAUUGAAACUGGAAUAUCACCGGUUGGCGCAGGAUACGAAGGACAUAGAGAACCAGGAGAGGAGGUUGCUGAGCGAUCUUACAGGUCAAUUGACCUGCGCCAAUUCCAGCAUGGGAUACCUGGAGGACGAGAUCGACAGGCUGAAGGACGAGACGCGCGCGCAGCACGAUCUGAUCCAUUCGCUGCAGGAUCAGCUCAAGCUCAACGAGGACAGGUUGGCUAAGUGUCUGGAAGAGAACGAGGAGCUGAGCAGCCUGCUGCAGAUCACGAAGGACAACCAGGGAUCGCUGGCGAUCGAGCUGUCCGAGUUCAAGGCGCGCUACUACGAGGUCCACAACCUCCUGCAGGACGCACAAGAGCAGAUCAGGAAGCUGCGCAAGAAGCAGCAACCGGGGGCCAGAAUCUCAUUCUUCUCUUCGUUGGGCGCGUCAGCCGGCGUUGCUCCCUUCGAGAGCUUGCACAAUGAGCUGGAGAUGUCGCUGCAUUCCGAACUCAGCGCUGAUUCUGGCAUAUCGGACGCGAUCCCGCAAUACAAGAAGGUCUUCGAGACCGUACGAUGCGCGUCCAGGAACUCCCUGAGCAGCCAGGACAGCGGCACCGGCAGCGCCCUCGGUCAGCCGACGUUGGGCGGCACCGUGAGCAGCUCCAGCGUGUCGGCCGGCUACGGCGGUCCCAGGAUGAGCUUCAAGACCCAGACGUCUUCGGAGCUCCGUCGUUCCUCCGGCUCCAUCUACAACAACAGCUCGCUGGGCUACCCGAGCCUCGAGUCCUCGAUGACCGGCGCCCAUUCCGACACUUCCGACUCGGACGAGGGCUAUCCGGCCGGACCUUCCAAGGGCGUGCCGGGGAUACCGGGCGCGACGGAUAUAGAGGUGGCGCUGAAGAGACUGACGCCCGGCGAGGUGCUGGCCAGACGGUCGAACUUGCAGUUCGGUCCGGCCUUCGGAGGAUACGAAGGAGAAACCAGCAUGCCGUUCGGCUGUCGAACGCCCGACAGUCUUAUGUCCACGGGCUCCGGACACUACCGCGGAUGGAAGUUGCCCGAGAAGCUCCAGAUCGUGAAACCGAUGGAGGGAUCCCUGACCUUGCAUCAGUGGUCGCAGUUGGCGCAACCCAGCUUCGCCGGUCUCUUGGAAGAGAGACCAGGUGUUAAAGUCAGGGGUGGUAAAGAAUUGGAAGAGCUCGGCCUCGAAUCCUACGGCCUGGAAGAUCUGGAAGAGGACGUCGAAUACGCGAAUCCCGGCAAGAUAUUCGAUUCCUCGGCGCCCACCUACACCUUGACCACCAGCAUGGUGAUGCAUCCGGACGACGGAACGUUCAUAACGCCCAGCAACAGAACGAGCAGGGUCGCUUCGGUCUGUUCCAGCAUCCAGAACUCCCCACCUCAAACGCCGAUGCUGAGCAGGAGGAAUUCCUGCACCACCUUCUCCACCACCUUCGGCCUAGCCAAGAUGCUCAACGAAAGAGGUAUAAAAGCAGUCACUCCAUCCGCGAUCAACAGCCCCAGCGGCCCCAACAGUUUCACCCCCACGGCAACCCCUUGUAAUAGUCCCGACGCUUCCCCGGACCCCUCUAGGAGCAGCUCGCCCGAUCGAUCGGAAGCCUUCAGUCUACCCCAGCUGAUCCUGAGCUCCGUGCCGCAAUUCCUUCGAGACUCCAUGGGAGGUGGAGCCAAGAAGAAGACCACCUUCAGGAGCAGCAGGAGAGGCAGAAAAUCGGAGAGCAUCGUCGGAAGGAUCGAAAGAAUCGGCAUUUCCAAUCUCAUGGGAAAUCCAGGAUCCCUGUCUUUGACAGCGGGAAUGUACGCCAGACCCGCCCUCACUAGUCCCAUGGCCCAACUGACCUGCCUGUUGCCGAGCCAAAGUACUGAAAAUCUCUCCCACAUCGGCAACAAGGUUCCUCCUAGCGUUCAGUCAACCCCAGGUCCCUCUUCGAGUCACAUCGGCAACGCCGGCAUGGGAGUACCAGGUCGUCCCGGCAGCGGUGUCCUCAACAGACGCCUGGAACAGUUGAAUUCCCGAAAGCAGAGAAGAACGAACGGCAUCACCAGACCGGAUCUUGGUACCGUGUCCACUUCUAAAACGCCGGAAGAACAAACGCCAUCCGGCGGUAGUACCACUUUGGGCACGUUAAGUUCGUUGUUGUUCGGUCGUAAGGGUGGCCUUUUCUGAGGGGGCGACGACGAAGGAGUCCGAUACGCACCAGUUGAGCAUUAGCACAUUGACGGUUUACAAGAUUUUUUUUAGAAAAACUACUUUGGGUAGUAGGUCCUUCCGGGCGUAGGUAAUGAAUCAGUAUUUUUACUGCGCUGCCGUGUGAGAGCGGGUAUUAUAUCGAAGCAUUCUGAUGUUUCGAAGGGUUGAAUAAUUAUACUGUUCUAUACGAAAAGGUUUCUAUCUACUUUUUUGUAAUUUUUUUUUUUUUUUUUUGAGAAAAUUAGUCUGAAUAUAGGAAUGCUUCGCUUGGUGUAUUUUGGUUUGAAAAACGAAGAAGGAAACUCUUGUAUUCCCUAUGUAUUCUAUUGUACUGAAAAAGAAUGAUUAGAUACCGUUUCACAUUUUUUUUUUUAGUUGAAAAAGUUUUCGUUUAUUCAAAUGAAGAUUACUUGUUCAUUCACUGAACGUAAAAUCAAAUAUUUCGAUAUAUUUCUUUGUUUCGUUCUGUUUUUUGCCAACUUUAUUUUAUAAUUGUUUUUAUAUCCCUAAGAGUAUAUUCUUUUUUUGCGACUUGAGAAUAUUUGAUAUAUUCAUCAAUUUCGUGAUCCAUUCGAGUUUUGAGUAACCCUUUUCUGAAAGUUAUUUGCCAUUUUCUACGAGAUGCAUCAUCAGAUCAACUUUUUAUGCAAAAUGCCAUUCCAACUUUUUGACAUGAGUUUCAUUCAGCCAAGCAUUUCUUUUUCAAACUGCCUCGAAAGAAUCCUACUCAUAUUCCCAAGAAAGUGGCCCAUUUUGUGAUAUUCUGAAGUGAAUGAUUUUUCAUUUUGCUAAAUAUUUAUCAGUAGCUGUUCGUUUAGGUUGUAUUUUAUGUGAUUUAUUUUUGAUCUGCGGCAGUUUUUCGGAAUUAGGUUGGAAAUGUUCCUAUGCCCGAAUAGAGAGACAUCGGUAACUGGGAUGGUAUAUUUAUUUUAAAAUAUUAUUUUUAUUGAUUGAUCCGACAAUGUUCAGUAACCUUCGAGGGAAGUUGCCUGUGUCUCUCAAUUUUGCUAGUGUUGGAAUAUUUUCAAGUGUAUCUUUCUAGUUUUUAUUAGAUAGUAUAAUCUUCUGUACAUAGAAGAAACGCUUUGUGAAUAGAGUAGCCAAUAUAAACUCCUUUGGUGCUGUUAAUAAACUGUGUUUUGUUAUAAUUAGUGUAUCCUGUAAAGAAUAUUAUUUGUAAAUAAAGUAUAACAAUGAAAGAUGGAAAAGGUGAAUGUAUUAUUUACUCUGUUCCGAUAAUAAAUUAUUUGACAAGAAAA